AUGGUGGAAAUGCAAGAGUCCAUCAGUAUCUUGACAAGCCAACUCGACAAAUGCAACGUUGCUGGCUCUGCUGACUCCCCCAAGAGCCCUCAUGAAGAAGAGGUCAAUACCAAACCAGAAGAUUCACAACUGCAAAACCUUAGAGGUACUCCAGAUGAUGAGCAUGUGUCCCAGACUCCUAUAUCGCAGUUGGAGUUGAUACCGGGCGAUCUCAUCCUGAAUCCACAGACACUCAUGACGAUCCUAGACUACUCUUACUCUGGAGAUCAAUUACGAUCCAGUCUCAUGCUCUGGCCUUUUGGAAUAAUUCACAAUGAUCCAGAGGAACACGGCGUCUUUUGCAACCACGACAAGAUAUUUGAUGCAUUGCGAUCCAGAGACGUUGGACUUGUAUCUAAAUGCCUGGCCUGGAUCUGUCUUCUCCUCUCACAAUUACCUAGAGACUUCAAAGAUGUUGAGACUGGCUUACCUCUAUACCCCGAAGACUUUAUCGAUCGCAUCCUCACGCAGGUAUCAAUAUUGUAUCUUGCAGACUGCACACCAGCCUGCAGCAUCGACUCAAUAGAAGCACUAGUUCUUCAAUACGAGUUGUUCAUUGCUAUUGGUCGUCCGAGCAAAGCAUGGAAAUGCGUUAGAGCCGGCAUUGAGAAUGCUCUGUUACUCGGCCUUCAUCUUCGUCAGAACUUGGUGUGGGAUGCUUUGUGGAUUCGAGAUCGUCAAAUAUCUCUCAUCAUAGGGCUGCCUUAUGGUACCCCCAAUUCAGACAUAGACACGACGGCUGUGCUCGAGCCCCUGAGAAAAAUCGGACUGGUGUCGGGACUUAUUAGCGACAGAGACCGAUUGCGCCAAGACACGCCUUUCAGUAUAAUGACAAGCAUCGUCGAUGAGAUGAAGGAGCUCAAAAUCAUGAUUCCGGAUGAAUGGGCAGAGACUGACUUGAACUUGGCAUUUUCACCAAUAGGACAUGCCAUCAUGAGGCUCUACAAACAUACUCUCAACAUAAUGAUUCAUCUACCUUAUUCUCAGUUUGCUAGCUACGACAAGCAGUUUGAGUACACCCGGAUCGAAGUUUUGGAAUCAGCUGAAGGAGCAAUACGGGCUCACAGGGAUAUCAGAAGUUUGCAAGACCGUUUUCAACGAUGUGAUUUGUUUGACUUUCUUGCAUUCAACGCUGCUGUCAUGCUCAUCGCAGAUUUGGCAGCCAAAGAGACACCGAGAACGAUGGAAGAAGAGGAACGAAUUUGGACUGUCAUCACGGAUUUUGUUAACAUGUUAAGGAAGACGGGUGAGGUUUUGGAGAAUGCAACAGCUGACCAGGCAGCCGAUGUGCUUGAGAUAUUGCAUGCUGCAUACAAGGGCAGGUAUCGGGGUCAACUCUACCCGUAUCAAGUGACUAUACCCUACUUUGGUAGAAUCAGUGUCAGCCGCCAAGCUGGCGAGUCGGAGGCCGCGAACACAACGACUGUUCAGAUCGAAUCGAGUGUGUAUACGUUUAGGUUGCCUCCGAACGAGAAGUUAACUAAGAACGAGUUGACUGAUGACUGGACCAAGAUAGAUCUAUAUGGGUCUUAUGGAUGGAGGGGUAUUUACACAUUCGUAGAUGACGUAUCAGGCUUGCCAUAUAGAUGA